AUGGAGUUUCCCCAGCGCUGCCAGCGGGACCGCGCCGGCCGCCGCCGCCCGCCCGCCCUCCGCGCCGCCGCCCUGCCGCCGCCGCUGCUGCUCCUCCUGCUGCUGCCGCGGGCCGCCGCCGGCCCGCUGCCCGCCGCCGACUCCUCGGGGGAGGCCGAGCUGGAGGAGGCGGCGGUGCGGCGGGCGGCGCUGCCCGACUGCGUGCGGCUGGCCCGGCUGCUGCACGCCCGGGCAGCCCAGCUGCAGGAGGAGAUGUGCGAGAAGUUUACCGUCUGCGAGAACAGCAUGGAAAUGCUCGUCCAGAACAACCUCAACCUCCCCAAGGUGACGGAGGAAGAUGGGUGUCUGCUCGCCGGCUUCCACGAGGAUAAAUGCUUGAGGAAAAUCUCCAGCGGGCUUUAUAAAUUUCAGACAUACCUCGAAUACAUACAAGAGACUUUUACUAGUGAAAAGCAAAACGUCCAAUCGCUGUGCUAUAGUACAGAGCACCUGGCACGUACCAUAAGACAGAUGGUGAUAAACCCCAAUGAAGUGAUCAUCCCAGACCCAGCUACCCAGGAAUCCCUCCGCGGAAAGCUGAAGUCUGAUAAGGCCUGGAUAGAGAAAAUCACCACCCACCUCAUCCUCCGAGGCUUUACUUCAUUUAUGGAGAAAACCGUGAGGGCUCUUCGCUAUUUGAAAAAUACCAGGAGUUUCAGUGUCUGA